AUGUUGUUUGUAGCUGACCAGUGGGUGAUUGUAUCGCAGGGUGAGCGUGGCAUCCCAGGAGAGAGAGGUGAUGUGGGAACUAACGGACUACCGGGGCCCAAAGGUAUUUCAGGGGGGCCAGGACCAGAGGGACCAAAGGGUGGGUCUGGAACUAAAGGAACCGUUGGGGACAUAGGAGCUGCAGGCCUGCAGGGGAUGCCAGGGGAGAGUGGUAUACCUGGUUCUCCUGGUCCUAAAGGAGAUGUGGGUUCAGUUGGUGAGAAAGGAACCGAAGGUACUGCUGGAAACGACGGGCCCGGGGUGAGAGUUACCUUACACAUACAUGUCUACACAUACCUUUCUGACUCACCUAAAUGGAUUACAUCAAGGAUUUAA